GAUCAUGUAACGGAGGAUUGAUUCAAAAAGACAAAGCAGUUGCAUUCAUUACGCCGCCUUGCUGUUUUUCUUUCCUUUCUCUCUGCCUUUUCCUCUCGCUCUCUGCACCUCUCGAUCGCCUCUUCGGUGCGAUUUUGGAUUGGUUUCCACGGCCAACGGUUGAUGGAGGUGGAGCUGCUGUCGCAGGGCGAGUCGCCGGGGGCGGCGGCGCGGACCAGGGCGAACUGGAGGCUCAACAUGAGUGAGUUUUCGCUGCCGCAGUUGCCCAAAAAGAUGCCUCUGGCUUCUCGACUCUUUUUGCGAGGCAAUGGUACACGUAAACAAAGCAAAAUCUCAAAGUACUACGAGCAGCAAGGCAAGCUUCUGGAGGGAUUCAGUGAGAUGGAGAACAUGUCAAGUUAUCUUGCUCCGUCAGAGGAUGAGAUGGAGAAACUGGCAAAGAGUGAAAGACUGGCAAUCAAUGUCUCGAACAUAGUAAACCUGGUGUUAUUUGUAUCGAAAGUGCUUGCGUCUGUGGAAAGCAGGUCCAUGGCAGUAAUAGCUUCCACUCUUGAUUCUCUAUUGGAUCUCUUAUCGGGAUUUAUACUUUGGUUUACGGCUUCCGCUAUGAAGAAACCGAACCAAUAUAGCUAUCCUAUCGGCAAGAACAGAAUGCAGCCUGUGGGCAUAGUGGUGUUUGCCUCUGUGAUGGGCACUCUUGGUUUUCAAGUACUGAUAGAAUCAGGUCGUCAGCUAAUUAGCGAGGAGCAUCCCACUUUUGAUACCAAGAAGGAACUCUGGAUGGUUGGCAGCAUGAGCUCAGUUACUGUGGUCAAGUUCAUGCUCUUUCUCUAUUGUCGCAGCUUCAAGAACAAGAUUGUGAGGGCCUAUUCCCAAGAUCAUUUCUUCGAUGUCCUGACCAACUCGAUCGGUUUAGUCUCCUCGCUGCUUGCUGUUAGAUUCUACUGGUGGAUGGAUCCUAUCGGUGCUAUAUUGAUUGCUCUAUACACAAUUGGAACAUGGGCAAAGACAGUGCUCGAGAAUGUGGGAUCACUGGUCGGCAAAUCAGCACCGCCGGAAUACUUAACCAAGUUGACCUACCUCAUCUGGAAUCACCACGAAGAGAUCCAGCACAUUGACACAGUGAGGGCCUAUACUUUCGGGUCACACUACUUUGUCGAAGUCGACAUAGUGCUACCCGCAAACAUGCCGCUGAGCCAAGCUCAUGACAUCGGUGAGGCGCUGCAAGUGAAGCUGGAGCAGCUCCCUGAGGUCGAACGGGCCUUUGUGCAUGUCGAUUUUGAGUUCACUCACAGGCCUGAGCACAACACAAACUCAAAGGUCUGAAGAAGAGCAAACACUUUUAAGAGGCUGUGCCAAAUUAACAUGAACAGUGGAUUAGUUUAAUGCCUUCUGUUUUCCUUUUAAUAUAUGUUUUUUAUGUCACACUUUUAGAUAUAAAAUAACUCUUAUUAUUGAACUUAGAAGAAACAUAUUGCAAAUUA